AUGGUCGGCAAAGACUGCGUGGCCAUCGCCUGCGACCUUCGACUAGGUCUCCAAGCCUUAACCGUCUCAAACAACUUCCCCAAGAUCUUCAGUUAUGCACCCUCCGUAUAUCUGGGUCUCACGGGUCUGGCCACCGACGUCCAAACAGUGAGCGACACUUUCCGGUAUAAAGUGAACAUGUACCGGCUGCGCGAAGAGCGAAAUAUCUCCCCCCAGACACUAGCAAAUUUGGUUUCGAGCAGUCUGUACGAGAGACGGUUUGGGCCUUGGUUCGUCAGUCCCGUGCUCGCCGGGAUAAAUCACACGACGGGCAAGCCUUUCAUCUGCGGCUUUGACAGUAUCGGAUGCAUUGAUUUUGCGAAAGACUUUAUUGUGGCCGGCACAGCGAGUGAACAGUUGUUCGGCACAUGUGAAGGACUUUGGGAACCAGAUCUGGAACCGGAAGCACUUUUCGAAACCAUCUCUCAAGCUCUACUCAACGCUGUCGACCGCGAUGCUCUCUCUGGCUGGGGCGCACAUGUCUACAUCAUUGAGAAAGACAAGGUCACCAAACGAUUGCUCAAAGGCCGACAAGAUUAG